GGCCAGGCACCUAAGAAAUUCUGUAAAACUCAGAAGAGAGGAGACCCACCGGGCACAGAUAGAAAAGAGAAGAAGGAGGAGGAGGAGGAAGAGGAGGAGUGUCGUCGGCGACCACUCGGGUAACGACUCGCACCGGCGACCAUUCUGGCGACCACCAGCGGCAGUGAAUGCAGCGGCGGUGACCUGCGAUCGACGAGAACGAGAUAAAUCCGGCCGCCAAAGGUCUGAAUAUCUUUGCCGGCGAGGCAUGAAUGGAUGAUUGCAUUUGGCAUCUCUGAGGGCACUUUUGUGAGUUUUGUCCCUCCCUCUAAAAUUACUCCGAUUUAAAAACUUUUAACUCCUGUUUUAUUACUCGGUUGAUUUCCCUUCACACUCGCUUCCUGUCGGGUUCUUCCCUUCUCAGUUCCCGUGAGUGCGCGUGAACUGGCAAUAAUAUCCCCACCCCACCGAUUCAGAAAAAGCAUCAAAUUCCCAUUCUGCGUCUGAGAACUGAGAUGCUCUGAUCACACACAUGCAUGCUCAAGCUAUACAUACUCUGUUUUAUCUUCAUUCUCCCUCUGCUUACUCGCUCUCUCUUUCUUCUAAACUUGCUUAGUUUUCUUUUGCCUGCAAUUGCCAACACCGUCUCAUUUUCGGCUCUUCUAGAUCAAGUCCGCUCCACAAUUACAUUCUUAAUGUUAAAUUUCUAACCCCAUUAGAUCCAGUUCCGGAAAAUUGGAUGGUAUUGGAAUCAAGCCAGAGGAAUAGGGGAGCUGCAGAUAGAAGCUCGAAACCUGGAAACAAAUGGCUGAUAAUUUGGUUCCUGAGAAGCGUCACAGCUUCAUCCAUAAAGGUGGAUCAAGCUUUACUGUAGGGAUCAUUCAUAUCAUAUGACUAUUUGCGUGUGUUAUUAUGGGGUUUGCAGCAUGGUCUUGCUAAUCAUGUGAAGACUAAUUGUGCAUUCCAAACAUAGGUGAUAAUGAUACAAGGCAUGCAACCCUUCAGGAUAGGGAUAGUGAACAGACUUGGUCUUCUCCUAUCGUGGAUCAAGGUCAGUUGAAUGCCACAUACCUUGCAUCUUCAUCUACCCGUCGCUACUCCUGCCUUGUCGUCGGGAAUUACUGCCAUGAUGUUCUGUUCAAAGAUAACAGCGUCAUCACAGAAUCCAUUGGGGGCGCCACCUCCUUUAUCUCUUCUGUGCUUGAUGGAUUCAAUGUCGCGUCAUGUUAUGUUUCCAAGGUGGGCCCUGACUUUGCUUACCCCGUUACCCACCGGCCUCUAGUUUCAUCUUCUUCGCGAACGACUGUAUUCCAUGCCUAUUUCUCGUCUGAAAUCAAGCGCCAGGAUCGGAUUCUCAAGCGGGUUAGGGCAUGCGAACCGAUCUCACCCUGUGAUCUCCCCAACUCAAAAUUCGAUUUUGGGUUGGCCGUCGGUGUUGGCGGGGAGAUUUUACCCGAAACCCUCGAGCGGAUGAUCGAUAUAUGUAAGAUAGUCCUUGUAGAUAUCCAAGCGCUGAUUCGGAUCUUUGACCCAGCAGACGGAACAGUGAACCACGUUGACCUGAAUCAAACAGGGUUCUUUUAUCUACUCCCUAGAAUAGGAUUUCUGAAGGCCUCAUCAGAUGAAGCACCGUUCUUGGAUGUGGAGGAGGUGAGGAAACAGUGUUGUGUGGUGCUGACCAAUGGCAAUGAGGGCUGCAUGGUGUUUACUAAGGAUUCAGAGCUAAAGAUUGCACCAUUUCCUACAAUUCAAGUUGAUCCAACUGGAGCUGGGGAUAGCUUUUUGGGUGGAUUAGUAACCGGACUUACUCAUGGAUUAACCGUGCCCGAUUCUGCACUAUUAGGAAACUUGUUUGGGUCGCUGACUGUUGGGCAAAUGGGGCAUUCUAAAUUUGACCCUCGGCUGGUACAGAGAGUGAAAGAAGAGGUGGAUAAGAGGAGAGAGGAUCAUUUUGAUGGCCUGCAGUUUUUUAGAGCUCUUGAUGCUGCGAGAUCAUCAUCUCUUGCUGGAAGCUUUCUCCAGAAAAGUAAGAAGGAAUUACCAAACAACACUAGUGGAGCAAAGUGCAAUGAUCAAUCUUUGCUUCUUUCCAUCUGUGAAAAAGAAGAACCUCAUUCAAUCAGUUGAAAAACAAAACAGUUAUUUGGUUUUAAGGAUAUAUAUAUAUACUUUCCCUCCACGUCCCCUGUCUGAAAUUAGUUGGUUUAUAAAUAAAGCUUAUGGAG